AUGCCUACUCAAGAAGUGCUCAAUCUGUGGGAAGCUUCCUCCCCAACUACCAAAAGCGAAGGCCCCCUUCAGGGCACAUCAAACCCUUCCCAGUCCCUGGUUUCCAAGCACGAGUGCUUUGCCGUACCACUCAACGCGGAAGUAUGCCCGACUUGUGACGAUGGACGUCUUGCGCUCGAUCAGGAUCGCGUUCGCAACAGUGGUCCUCGUACGCCCGGCUCUAUCCACGCCGACAUCGUCGCACAGAUAGAAGCGAAACGAAAGCGAAAGGCCUCGGAGGAAGCAGAGAAGGAGAAGCAAAAAGCUGAGGUUGAGAAGUCAACAUAA